UAGUGUUAUAUGAUAAUUAAUGUUACUUAUGUAACUAAUUGUUGCUCAUACUGGUAUAAAAUAAUGUUUUGCAUUAGAAAAAUAUCAGAAGCGAUAAUUCCAUCGUCAAUAUGUUUCGCGUUUUUGUUCUUCUAUUAGCCUUAACAAUUACAACAGCUCAAUUGGGUCAUGAACCAACAGGUCUUGAAUGUAAUGGUCCCAAUGAAGAAUUUACAACUUGUGGAACACAGUGCCCUGAAAUAUGUAACGAUAACAGAGCAAAUGUUGCAUGCAUUGCGAGUUGUUACAUUGGAUGUCAAUGUAAAUCAGGAUUUAUAAGACAUGAUAAAACUUAUAAAUGUGUCUCAAAGCAAGAUUGCUAAUUAAUAACGAUUGUAAAUAUUACUUAUAAAAAAUAAAUUAAUAAAUUUAAAUAUAUUUAA